AUCUGGGCUUUAGGCUCUCAAAGAGCGGAGCGUGGGUUGAUUGUCAAGCGGCAACGGAGAGGAGGGCGGAGAGAGCGGCUCGCGCCUUUGCAGCCCAGAAUGGAACAAUAGAGGCAGGGGCGAGAGCCUGAGCGCUGCUACGAAACAAAGAGCGGCUGAAGACACUUCCACGCCCCGCUCUCCACCCACUCUCCGUCUUCCCUUUCUCACGUCUCUCCGGUUUUGCUCUAACCUGCUGGAAGGGAAGAGAGCAGCCGGGAGCCCCACCGACAUCAAGCGAGCCUUUCGAUGCCCAUCCACCCGCGCCAUUCUUCUACAGUUUCCCCAACAGACAAGAGAGACCUUGGCAAAGAUAUGCGUUCGUCCUUCACCUUCCUUUCUUCUUUCUAAUUCCUCUGCUGCGAACUUGCUUUUGGUUGCCAGAACAGCGGACUUCGGAGAACAGGCGGACAAAAGGCUUUUGUCAACAGCUGCUUUGCAGGCAGCAUCUAAGAAAGUUAAGCAGAUGGGGAGUUUCUCUGGAGAAGCAGGGCGCCGCUUCUGCCGCCCCCGUUCUGCGAUUUCGGCCGAGGGAUGGCCCAGCUCGCCCUAACAUGCGGCCGCGCUGCCCUUCCGGCUCCGCUGCUUCCUACCUGCGCCUCGGUGGGGUUGGGGGUACUUCAUCCCCCUGCCGCCUCCGCCGUGGUCUCUACAGGGUUAGAGACACAGAGACGAGCUUCUGCGCCGAGUCUGUGCUCGAUCUCCGAGGAAAACAAAACUGCAUUAUGUGGAUCUCACUCCUGGCUUUCCUAACGGUCGGGCUCCUCUCGCUGCAGAAAUGCCAGCGGCAUCCCGGCCCGGUCCUGGGAAUGAGUCGCCUGCUGGCGGUGAUUGUACCAGGCUCCGGGCAGCGCUCAGACAGCAGAUGUGUCAUAUCAAAUGCAGCAACAUGUACUGCCUGUCUUGCAGUGGGUCCUGAAUGUGGUUGGUGUGUUGAAGAGGAUUUUAUGGCCGGAACAAAGUUGAAACAAAGAUGUGACAUAGUUUUACAUUUAAUCCAAAGAGGCUGCAAGGCAGAUUUCAUAGAAAGUCCUAAAGUUGAUGUAACAGUGCCCAGCAAUGAGGCUAAUAUUCAAGUUAUACCAGGAGAAGCUUCAGUGCACCUGCGUCCAGGCUCUGAAGCAAGUUUUAUGCUGAAAGUCCGCCCACUGGAAAAAUAUCCUGUCGAUCUUUAUUAUUUGGUUGAUGUAUCUGCUUCUAUGCACAGACAUAUAGAACGAUUAAACUCUGUUGGAUUUGAAUUAUCUCAGAAGAUGGAAAAUAUCUCCAUUGAUUUGCAACUUGGAUUUGGAUCCUAUGUAGAUAAAACAGUGUCACCCUAUAUUAGUAUUCAUCCAAAAAGAAUCCAUAAUCAGUGCAGUGAUUAUGAGCUUGAUUGUAUGCCACCGCAUGGUUUUAUUCAUGUUUUAUCGCUGACUGACAAAAUAUCAGAAUUCAGAAGUGUAAUUAAUAAGCAGAAAAUCUCUGGAAAUAUUGAUACACCUGAAGGAGGCUUUGAUGCUGUGCUUCAGGCAGUGGUUUGUCAGAGCCAUAUUGGUUGGCGUAAAGAAGCAAAGCGUCUACUUCUCAUGAUGACUGAUCAGACAUCUCAUUUGGCUCUUGACAGUAAAUUAGCAGGGAUAGUAAUUCCAAAUGAUGGAAAAUGCCAUUUGAAAGAGAAUAUGUAUAUCAAAGCAAACAGUAUGGAGUACCCAUCACUUGGCCAACUUUCUGAAAAGCUCGUAGACAACAAUAUUAACGUAAUAUUUGCAGUCCAAGGAAGCCAAUAUCAUUGGUAUAAGGAUCUUUUACCUCUGCUACCAGGAACUGUUGCAAAACAGAUAGAAUCAGAGACAGCAAAUCUUGGGGAUUUGGUAGUAGAAGCUUACAAGAAGCUGCUUUCUGAAGUGAAAAUUCAGGUUGAUAACACCCUCAAAGAUAUACAUGUCAAAGUUACUGCAAUCUGUCCCGAUGGAAGUAGAAAAAUGGGUUCAGAGGGAUGUAAGAAUGUGAAAUCCUCAACUGAAGUAUUCUUUAAUAUUUCCAUUGCCAUGAAAGAAUGUGGUACAAUUGGCAGAAGAAACCACAUGACGAUAAAACCCCUUGGUUUCAAUGAAUCCUCUAGAAUUAAUAUCCACAAAAGAUGUGCAUGUCAAUGUGAGGACAGUGCAAAACACAAAAAAAUCUGCAUCAAUGAAACCCCUCAUGAGGAUGAAGUAUCUCCCUGCAAAGAUGGAAUCUGUGGUUCUAGUGAAAAAUUAUCUUCGGAGCAAUGUAAGAAGCAACAGGAUCAUCAUCUUUGCAGUGGACAAGGAGAAUGUGUACACGGGAAAUGCAUUUGCUAUGAAAACAAAUAUGGUACAAUAUAUGGUAAAUACUGUGAAAAAGAUGAUUUUUCCUGCCCAUAUUACCUUGGAAACCUAUGUGCUGGUAAUGGAGAAUGUGAAGCUGGCAAAUGCAAGUGUUUUAGGGGCUGGGAAGGUGACCGCUGUCAGUGCGCCUUAUCUUUGCAGAAACACUGCAUGAACCCAAAUGGCCAAAUAUGCAGCGAAAGAGGAACUUGUGUGUGUGGGAAAUGCAAGUGUGCUGAUCCCAACAGCUUAGGUCGUUUGUGUGAAUUUUGUCCUUCUUGUAGAAAAGUUUGCAGUGACAUGCACAAUUGUGAAUCCUGCCGACACUUCAACUCUUCACAUAACACACUUGGCCAAUGCAAAACCACUUGCAAUUAUAGAAUGCAUUAUCUUGAAAUAUCAGAAUGCCUUUCUGAUGAUCCAAGUUAUUUCAGAAUAUUUUUCAUUAUAUUUAUAAUAACAUUUUUGAUUGGUUUGCUUAAAGUGUGCAUAAUCCGUCAGAUAAUUGUAUAUUGUGACCAUAGUAGAAUCAAGUCUUCAGCAGGUUACAGAGUGCCUGCAGCCAAAAAGGAUAAGACCUUUUUGCCUGCUGUUUGUGCAAAAACAGUAACUUACCGGCGUGACAAGCCUGAAGAAAUAAACAUUGACAGGAGACAAGUAAAUGAAGCAUUCAAAUGUAGCUCUUGAAGACAAGAACCUAUUUCUUGAGGACUUUUGUUUUCUUAAAUGUUUUUUAAAAAUAUAUUGUUUAAUGCUGUGGAGUUUUACAAUUUUGAACACUGUAAUUUAAAAAAAACUAACUUGGAGUUCUAGUUGCACACUGCCGGGGUUUCAGAAAGAGCUGCUUGUUCAAAACAAAAACAAAUGUGCAUUAACUACUGUUUAAUGUAAUUAAAAUACUGGUUGCAACUAAGAUGCAUUUGGAUUAGCAGCCAGUUGAAUCCCAUUUGAUAGUGUUAGAAUAACAUUGGCUUAACGGAAAUGUUCUGGAACUUGGAUUUUAUAUCGAUUUCCAAGGCCAUUCGGUAUUGUAGCACUUUAACAUAGUAUAACUUAUUUAGUUGUGUUAUAGAAUAUUAAUUAAAACAUUUGUGGUAAAAAUGCACUGUUCUCACUUUAGAAAUAGCUAACAUGGAUGAGGAUUAUAAUCACAAACUCCCAAAUCCCAAAUAGAAAACUGUAACUGACAGAAAUCAAUAAAUCAGCUACCUAUGGGUCUUCCUAUCCUGAACAUUCAGGACAAAGUGGAAGCAGGAAGAAAACAAAUGAAUUUUAAAAACUGUUAGAAGGUACAGUUACUCUUUAUUCUUCCAACCUCGACGGGUAGCAAGCCCAGGAUUUUCUAAUUGCACUAGUUUCAAAGAAAGUG